GCAGAAUCUCCAUUAUCAGCCUUAUCAGUCAUUCACUCAAUACUUCGGUCUCCCGUCCACAAUGUUUUCUGACUACUUGAUCCUUUUUUUUUUCUCUUUUUCUUUCGAGGAUCGACCAUAACGAGUUGACGACGGACAAAUAGCGCUGGCGCUGCGAAUACAAACAAAACAGACACAAAAUGACGACCGGACGAGCAGACCCAAACAACUUUCCCGAGAUUCAGACGGGCGGCAGUCUGUUGAUCGCAUGGCAGAUCAAGGGCAAACGAGUGCUCCUAGUGGGCGGUGGUGAGGUAGCAGCAACCCGGCUCGUCCACCUCCUCUCCGCCGACGCCCUCGUAACCCUCAUCGCCCCGGCCCCCCUCCACCCCGAAGUCUCCUUCCGCCUCACCCAAUUCCCCAACUCCCUGACCUGGAUCCCCCGUGCCUUCGAGCCAACCGACCUUACCGACCACCCCAAUGACUACUCGUUGAUCUUGACAGCCAUCGACGACCCCGUCGCCUCUUCCCAAAUCUACAAACUCGCCCACCAGCUCAAAAUCCCCGCCAACAUUGCCGAUGUCCCUCCCGAAUGCGACUUUUACUUUGGCUCUGUCCACCGCGACGGGCCCCUACAAAUCAUGGUGUCGACUAAUGGAAAAGGCCCCAGGCUGGCGUCGACGAUUCGGAAACUGAUCGCCAAGGCGUUGCCCAAGAAUGCGGGCCGGGCCAUCGAGCAGAUGGGCGAGCUGCGCAAAAAGUUGCGCGAGGUGGCUCCUGCACAGGAAGAAGGGAAGAGGAGGAUGGACUGGAUUAAAAAGGUUAGUGAUGCGUAUGGGUGGGAGGAGAUGGGCACCAUGACGGGAGAGGAUAUGGCGAAUUUGUUGGCGUGGUACCGUAAAGAGGGGGGAGAAGAUGGGUUGGAAGUGCCGACUUUGGACGAGUUGAGGGCUUUGCGGAAGGAGAAGAAGCAGGACGGUGCAGUGGAAGAGGUGGAGAAGAAGGUUGAGGAGUUGAAGGUGGAAGACAAGGCCUAGGGAAAAUGAAUCCAGGAUGCCACGGGGUUCUCUUAGUUCCUGGGUAAAAGGACCUUUUGGGACAAGGACAUGGAUGAAUGAUACCAUUGGAUGCUCUUCAAUCAAGGUGACAAUCACGAAGAGGAAGAUGAAACAACAAUCAAUGCCUUAUGAAUCCCACGAAAACUUAAAUAAUUAUACCACCAGCCUGCCAGUUCUUGAUGCUUGCCGAAUGCGAUUAACACGUUGCAUGCUGG